UUGCUAUAAAUUGGUUGCGUCCCCGAGAAUCGUCUUGUGCUUGUGCGUGAUUCGAUCACAGUCAGGUUUUAUUAUAUUAAUUCAUAUAAGUAUAAAAAUUCGUAUCUUUUCUCAUUAAUUCAGUUCCCAUAAAUCAUGGCAAUAGCCACCAAAAAUGAACCUGUUAACGAAAAUGGGAUUAAUCAAGAAACCUGUACGAGUAGAUGUUUUGGUUGGGUCGGAGCACGGCACUUCACAGUUUUUAUGUUAUUUUUGGGAAUGGCAAAUGCUUACAUUAUGAGAACAAAUAUGUCGGUAGCAAUUGUUGCUAUGGUCAACACGUCAUCAUCGUCUACCGAAUAUUCAAACGAAUGCCCUUCUCUGGCAAACAGUACAGAUGAGCCAUCCAGUUCGAGUACGGGUGAAUACGAAUGGGAAACGGACGUUCAGGGGUACAUUUUAAGUUCAUUUUUUUAUGGAUACGUCAUCACACAAAUUCCAUUCGGAAUAUUGGGUCGCAAAUAUGGAAGCCUGUACUUCUUAGGAUUUGGAAUGUUAGUAAAUUCAGUUUUCGCACUUUUCGUUCCGUUGGCAGCUAAGUCCGGGGCAGCGUGGCUAAUGGCGGUGAGAUUAAUUCAAGGACUUGGAGAGGGACCAAUUGUACCAUGCACGCACGCCCUUUUAGCUAAAUGGGUACCACCAAACGAAAGAAGUCGGUUUGGAUCAUUCGUUUAUGCAGGAGCCCAAUUUGGUACCGUAAUAUCUAUGCCCAUAAGUGGUUGGCUAGCGGCGUCUAGUUGGAAAUGGCAAUCAAUUUUCUAUGUUUUCGGAAUUAUUGGUACUGCAUGGGCGAUCGCAUUCAUAAUAUUCUGCUACGAAGAUCCAGAAAAACAUCCGAAAAUAAAAGAAAAAGAAAAACAUCUGAUUCUCGAAUCUAUUUGGGGAAACGAAACUAAAGAACCUGCCUCUACACCAUGGCUAUCGAUUUUAACGUCUUUACCCUUCUGGGCGAUUAUGGCUACACAUAUGGCUCAAAAUUACGGAUACGAAACACUGAUGACGGAACUACCAACAUAUAUGAACCAAAUCUUAAGGUUCGACAUUGAUCAGAAUGGAGUUCUGUCGGCUUUGCCUUAUCUUGCUAUGUGGCUGUUUUCAAUGCUAGCUGGCCAAAUUGCAGACUAUUUAGUCACAAGGAAACAAUUUAGAAUUGUUAUUGUCCGAAAAAUAAUGAACGGAAUUGGACAAUAUUCCCCAGCAAUUUGUUUGGUGGCUGCCUCAUACACUGGGUGCAACCGGGCUCUUACGGUUGCACUUUUGACAAUUGGCGUAGGCUUUAACGGCGGAAUAUAUUCAGGUUUCAAAGUCAAUCAUUUGGACAUUUCGCCUCGCUUUGCUGGAAUUCUAAUGUCAUUCACGAAUUGCGCUGCAAACCUGGUUGGACUUCUAGCGCCCAUUUACGCAGGAAUUAUAGUUAAAGGAGAGAUUACUCACGCUAAAUGGAGAACAGUUUUUGUAACUGCUGCAAUCGUUUAUGUGGUUUGCAACACAUUCUACCUCAUUUUCGGUGCGGGGACGCGGCAGAAAUGGGACGCGAUAGUUGAACGAGACGAUUUGGACACAGUCGAGAGUAAAGUGGAAAAAGAGGAAAAAAAUAAACAACAUGGCUGAACUCUAUCAAUGCCGACCAAUUAAUUUAUACGUUAUGUGAAUAUUAAUAUUUAUUAAUUGUUGCUAAAACACGAAAUGAAACAAAAAAAAAGCAAAAGAUGUGGAAAACUGUAGUAGUAAUCGAAUCUUGACGUUGUUUCCGUACUUCGUUACUACGGUUGACCAAAACUUUAUUUAAAAAGGGUGCCACUGCUACUGAUACUGACAUGAGUAAAGAUAUAUCGAAUAGUUUAUUGUUUAUUUUAUAAUCUGUUAAAAUUUUUGGUCCACUAAAUAAUAAAAUCAUGAAAAAACAA